AUGGGAAUUCAAGCUGCUGUUGAUGUUGGGGUUAAAAAGCUUCAGGUUUAUGGUGACUCUCAAUUGGUGAUCAGGCAAUUGUGUGACGAAUGGGAAACCAGGGAUGCCAAGUUAGUCCCGUAUUAUCAGCAUAUCAAGGAAUUGAUGAAGUUUUUCGAUUGUGUAGAAUUUGAUCAUAUUCCAAGAGAAGAAAACCAGAUGGCAGAUGCUUUGGCCACUCUGGCAGCUAUGUUUGAUUUGGACCUUCGAGGAGAAGUAGAGGUUAUCAGGAUUGAGAAGCGUAAAAUUCAGGCGCACUGUUUGAAUAUAGUAGCAGAACCUGAUGGCAAACCCUGGUAUUAUGAUGUGAAGCAGUAUUUGGAGAAAGGAGAAUACCCUCCAGAGGCCUCAGAUAAUGACAAACGCACCAUCCGAAGGCUCUCAAGCUCCUUUUUCUUGGAUAAAGACGUGUUGUAUAAGAGAAGCUCGGGAUUUGUACUUCUUCGAUGCGUGGAUACUGAUGGAGCCAAACAGAUUAUGGAAGAUAUUCAUGAAGGAAUAUGUGGUACUCAUGCAGGUGGGUAUUCAAUGGCAAGGAAGAUAUUGCGAGCAGGCUACUAUUGGCUUACCAUGGAAAGAGAUUGUAUUAACUAUGCGAUCAGAUGUCAUAAGUGCCAAAUUUAUGCUGAUAAAACUCAUGUGCCAGUAAACCCUCUACGAGUAUUAGCAGCGCCUUGGCCUUUUUCGAUGUGGGGUAUUGAUGUUAUCGGUCCUAUCGAGCCCAAAGCUUCCAAUGGACAUCGCUUUAUCCUGGUUGCAAUUGAUUAUUUUACAAAGUGGGUGGAAGCAAAUUCUUAUGCUAAAGUGACAAGUAACGUUAUCGCCCGAUUCUUGAGAAAAGAUAUUGUAUGUCGCUAUGGGGUUCCCGAAAGGAUCAUUACUGACAAUGGCACGAAUUUCAACAGCAAGAUAGUAAAUGAUUUAUGCGAGCAGUUCAAGAUCAAGCAUCAUAAUUCAUCUCCUUAUCGUCCCAAGAUGAACGGGGCUGUUGAGGCGGCUAACAAAAAUAUCAAGAAAAUCAUCCAGAAGAUGACAGAGAAUUACAAAGAUUGGCAUGAAAAGCUUCCUUUCGCUUUAUAUGGGUACCGAACUUCGGUGCGUACAUCCACUGGUGAAAGUCCUUUUGCUUUAGUAUAUGGGACAGAGGCGGUCCUUCCCAUUGAAGUAGAAAUCACGGAGUGGGUCCGAGCCCGGUACGAACAUCUAAAUUUUAUUGAGGGAAGAAGAUUGGGAGCACUUUGUAGAGGACAACUUUAUCAAAGACGAAUGAUAAGAGCACAUCACAAGAGAGUGCGUCCUCGUUGUUUCAGAGGAGGGGAUUUAGUACUAAAGAUGAUUCAGCCACCUCAAAGAGAUCACCGUGGAAAAUGGACUCCUACCUACGAGGGACCAUAUGUGGUGAAGAAAGCAUUCUCCGGUGGAGCGGUAAUUUUGACAAAGAUGGACGGAGAUGAUUUGCCUCACCCAGUAAAUGCCGAUGUUCUCAGGCGGACACAGUUUCAAGAACAGGCACCACCGGGGUUAGCACAGUUUUGGGAGGCACAAAGUAAUGAAGCACGCAAUAAUUUUGGGAAAAUUUACGGACGUAUUGGGCAUCUAUUAACUGUCAAAACACCGGCUUAUGGGUUUCGCUCAAGGGAGGUUUGCAACUCCAGAAGGGCAGAUGGCUUUUGCCCUUGCAGUGUAUGGAGCAGUGUUAUUUCCUUAUGUGGUAAUUACAACUGGGUGCCUUUGGUGGGACCAUGGGGAGGCACCAGUCAAGCACCUGCAAUGUUCUUGCGUCAAGAGGCUGGCAAUUUAUGUACGCCAAUUACACAUGGCUUGUGGGAGUUUGAAUUCGCGCAUGGGGAUGAGAAGGCGAAACGUAUGUCUUACCAAGUGUUAGAAGCAUGGAAAAGGACCCACAUAAUGGAGCGCGGAAGGCUUACUGCAGACCCGGAAGGGAAAUAUCGAUAUGUGCAAUGGCUCCGAGGAAGGAAGAAGACUAUCACCCAGUGUCAUAGCUUUGUUAGCAUGAAAAAGAAAGAGACGAUACCUGGUGGAAAUGAAAAUUCAGGUCUGGAAAUACCAUCAAAUGAGCUUGAUGAAGGAGUAGACACCUUGAUUGCCGAAGAGGUAGAAAUAGCUCAGAAUUCCUGGAGAGAAAAGUAUAACAGAUAUAAGAACAAAUGCAAAAAACUGAAAAAGAAGGUCCAGGGGGAGAGGGAAGCCCGAGAAGUGGAAAAAGGACAGUUUGAUACACUGAAGGAAAAGAUCUCGAAGCUACAGAAGAAAAUGAAGAAAAGAAAAGAGAAAGAUGCAGCAAAACAUUGUAGGACACAAGCAGAACUUCAAGAAAUGCAGGAGCAUAUUCAGAGGCUAAAUGAAGAACUGGCAUCUCGGAAGGAGGACGCUUAUCAAAUGUAUGUAGACAGAGAAGAGCAAAGAAGAAUAGAAGCUGAGAAGAAUAGAUUGAUAGAUCAGAUGAAUGAGAUGCUUGAAGAGAACCAGCAACAGAUGGAAGGGAUUACAACUUUAAGGGAACAGAAUGAUUAUUUUCAUUCAAUGCUGGAGGAGGUCCAACAGGAGCAGACAAGUACCAAAUUCAAAGUAAGGUUGAUGAUGAGUCGCUUGAUGACCCUAUCAGAAUGGGCUGAGGUUUAUGAACGACGUCUGCAGAAGUUGAGUUCCAAUCCUAUUUUGGAAAUGCCAGAGUUGACACAGAUAUGGGCAUUUUUGAAAAAUUUGAAAAGUGACUUACAGGAGCUUCAGAGGAGGUUGAAUGCAAUCCAAGCAGGAGGUGCUGUUAUGGUUGAAAUUCCGGUUGUUCAAGUGGACUGA